AUGAAGAACGUAAGUAUCACAAGAAUCAUCCUUUUUGGCUUUUUUUUCAUAAACUUAGAUACCUGUGUUGUAUCAUCUGAAUGCACACAUAAGUUAAAGGGGAGUAAUGGAAAAAAUAUAUCGGUAGGAAGGAAUGCACAAGGUGAUCCAUCUAGCGAUGAUACUGUUGUAACUUGUUCUGCUGUAAAUGGGGAAAAGCAGAUGAAGUGGAAAGAUAAAGAAAAUGUGAAUGGAAAUCAAAUCAAUCAAAAUGGAAAUGGGAUGAAAGAAAAAAUGGCAGCAACAGGAGAGGAGGAAGAGUUGAACGAGGAAGGAAUGGCAGAAGAAGGAGAAGAUGUAGGUUUGGAAUCUGAGGACGUGGAUGAAACAGCAGAUGUGGAAGCAACAGAUGUGGAAGAAGCAGCAGAUUUAGAAGCAGCAGAUUUAGAAGCGGCAGAUUUAGAAGCAGCAGAGGUGGAGGAAGCAAAUGCCGAGGCAGCAAAUGCGAAUGAUGCGACUGCCUUGGAGAAGAACCAUUUGAAAGAAACAAAACAAAAAAAAUUGGACACAAACUCAUGGGGUGGGGUUCCUGUGCAAACGGGUUCUACAUCUAUCAAAAAGAAGAUGAACACACAAGCCCAGAAUGCUGGACACGGAAAAUCGGUUCACAUUUCUAGUGAAUCUGAAAAGAAAAAUAAACAAAACAGUUAUAAUACAAAAAGGACAGUGGAGAGAAAAGAGAAACAUAACACGACUACUGAAAGUGCAAAUAUGAAUGUGGUUGGAAAUGGUGAGAAUACAAAUGUACAAAUGAAGAAGAAGAAGAAAAAAAAAAAAAAGAAAAGAAAAGAAAAAUUACUCAGAGAUGAAAAUGAAAUAUUGUAUGAAGAAAAAAAACAAAAAAUAUUACUGAUCCAUGUUCUAAAAAAUAUUAAAGAAUUGUUGGAUAGACAAAAAGUAAAUUUUAAUAAUUUCCUUUCUUUCUUGAGUGAAAAUUAUGCAAGUUAUGAAAAAUUCCAUUCUUUUAAAAAAAAUAUGAACAAUGCAAAGAAUGCGAGUGAAAAGGAAGAAAAUGCAUUAACAGGUCAUUCCUUUCUAAAUUUGCAUCAGGACAGUAAUACCAGAUGUAUGAAGCAGAAAAAUGAUACUGGUAUUUUCCAAAACAGUAUGAAUCAGAGAAACAAAUAUGCUGCUAUGAAAAGGUAUAUGGCGAAAAUGAAUUCAGGUGUGAAAGGAUGUAGCUAUGGAAACGUGAACGAUGAUAAGAGUGAAAAUUCGAAAGACAGGAAUCAUGGAACUAAUAAUAAUAAACCAGAGAAAAAGAAUUCUGAUGAUGAUGAUGAUGAUGAAUACGACAUAGAGAAAGACGAAGAUAAUGUUGAGGAGCACGGAGAGGAAGAGGAAGGAACCUCGAGUGGAGAAAACAAACCUGGUAGCAACAGUGAUACAACACCCAGUAGCAACAGUGACGCAACACCUAGUAGCAACAGUGAUACAACACCCAGUAACAACAGUGACGCAACACCCAGUAACAACAGUGACGAAACGAAUAAAUCUACAGAUCAGAUAGAAAAGAUAAGAGAACUGCUAGAGAAUCUCCUAAAGUCCAAUGAUAUCUCUGAUAAGCAAAAGGAAUACCUGAGGGUGAUUUUGAAAGUGCUUGAACUAGAGAACGAUCUAUUCGAAAAAGAAAAGUUACAAGUGGAGUUAAACAAAAAUAUAAUCGAUGUUCUGUUGGGAAAGUCAAAUGAAUUGAGAAACAUAGCUGUGCAUUUAAGUAAAGAAAAUGGAGAAGGGGAAAGUUCACAAAGGGUAGAUCUUGCACAAAACAUCGUAUCAAAUCUGUUAAACUUUUCAGUAGAAUUAAAAAAUACAGGAAAUAUCGUGUAUAAUAAUAUACAGGGACAAGGAGAGCUUCUUCAGACGAUUGAGAAAAACAUAAACAAAGCAGAGGAUGAGUUGAAGAGUGUUCGUGUUCAUACAGAGUACAAGGGAACCAAGGAAAAUCCAAGUCCGGGGCCAAAUCCUGGGCCAACCCCGGGACCCAACCCAGAACCCAAUCCAGAACCAGGUGUAGAUCCAACUGAUAAUAAUAACAAUAAUGAUAAUAAUAGCAAUAAUGAUAAUAAUAGCAAUAAUGAUAAUAAUAAUGACAACGGAUUUGAGCACACCGAUACCAAUUAUGAAAGCAUUGGAAAUGAGGAAUUUCUGCGAUACUGCAAUUCUGAUGAAACGUUUGCAAAUUCAACAUGUCCAUUCAGUGCUUCUACAAAAAAUAGUCGCCUUGGAAAUAAAGUGCCCACGGAUAGAGGUAUUAUUCACAAAAUUCAAAAUGAAAGAGGAACUUACAAAAAAUUCAAGUUAAACGAAUCGAUGAAAAAUCACUUUUUCAACAUUUUUGUUAAGGAUGCAGUUACGCUGAAGAAGUUGUACAAGUUGUUGUAUGACAUGUUCUAG